AUAUUAAACUAUUCAAAUAAUAUAUUAUCAGAAGAAGGGGGGAAUAAAACUAUUCUGAACCUAGUUUCAGUGACUCAUCCAAAAAAAUAUUCUGGACAUACCACUAUACUACUGCAUGCAGGGUCAUAGAUAUUUCAGAUAUUUGGACUUUUUAGCUAGAUGCAUGCAGUAGAUACACAAAAUACUAGAUACAGUUUCAGUGAUCAGUGUCAGUCAAGAUAGCAAGUACAUGCACGAUAAACGAAUCAAAAACCGUUGAGUACAAAUCUAUAUUUUAUUGGUAUUAUACAUUUAUACAGCUAGGAAUAAUUAUAUCAUCUAUCAAUCUAGAUUUACAUAUUAUAUACGUAAUAAACGUUAUUUCAUAAAUCAUAAUCAAGGAUUACAAAAAUCUGUGUAUGCAAUAUUCGUGGGUGAAUAAAGAAGUAGAGAAGAACAAAAUGAAGUCCAUUUCAUUCGCCGGCGUUGUUUUUUGUGCCUUAGCAAUCUCACAACAAACAUGGUCAUCGGAAAUCCUGGUCAUAUUCCCGACAACCGCUCAGAGUCAUUACCGUGUCGUCCGACCACUAAUCCACAGCUUAUUGGAUCGCGGACACAAAAUAUUAGCGAUCACGAAUUUCCCGGAUACUGUGGAAAGAGCCAAUUUAUCACACAUCGACAUUGCUGGAUUGAAACCGCACUCGAAGAUCAAGACUACCGGUGAUUACGGAAUUAUUAAGAUGAUAUCACGUAUAUCGAAAAACGCCAACACAUACGCGACUAUUCUCAAUCAUCCGCCAGUUGUUAAACUAUUACAGUCCGGUCGAAAAUUCGACUUGGUGAUUGCCGAAUUUUUUACAUCUACACCAAUAUUUGCACCGAUCGCCGAAGCUGUGGACGCACCGAUUGUCGGUUUUUGUCCAAUGACCUCAUUUCCAUGGAUACACGAAGUGAUGGGAAUGGAGACGACCAUGUCUUAUAUGCCUUCUCUCAUCAGUGCUUCCGGGAAUCAUAUGUCAUUUUUCCAGCGAAUCAGUAAUACUUUAAAAUCGGUAGUCAUCGACAUUGGGUUUAAUUGGAUCUACACCCGCGUAAUUCGAGAUAUUAUCAAACAUCAUUACGGCAUAGAAACAGAAUCAGUAAUAAAAUCGAUGGCUAAUCUAAGUAUGAUUAUGACAAACAACUAUCAUAGCGUGUUUUUAUCCUAUCCCACACUGCCCGGAAUUGUUGAGGUUGGCGGAAUUCACGUAGUCGAUGAAAAACCUAUCCCGCAAGACUUGAACGAUUUUAUAAAUAAUGCAGAUCACGGUGUGAUUUUAUUCAGUUUGGGCUCUAUCGUGUCAGAAGAAUCGUUGGGCACCGAUAAACUAUACAACAUACUCGACGCGUUUUCGAAACUUAAACAAAGAGUCAUCAUGAAAUUUGAUGUUGAAAAACGCAAUAUACAGUUACCAAUGAAUGUAAAAGUGGUCAAAUGGUUUCCACAGCGAGAUCUUUUAGCGCACCCAAAGGUAUUAUUAUUUAUAACGCAUGCUGGUAUGAUGAGUGUAAUCGAAACAAUACACUGUGGUAAACCAAUAGUAGCUAUACCGAUAUUUGGUGAUCAAAUUUUUAAUUCUCAUUUGCUGGUUGAAAAACAAGUGGCUGUCAUUGUAGAAUACAAACAUUUGGAGAGUGAUCAGCUUUUCAAUGCUAUUAAUGAAGCAUUGACCGAGAAAUAUAUAAUUAACAUGAAAAAAUUGCAACAGUUGUAUAAUGAUCGACCGCAUUCACCUCUUGAAACAGCAAUAUACUGGACCGAGUAUAUAAUAAGAAAUAAGAACGAAUCAAAAGAACUGUUAAAAAGCCAAAAGGUUCACUUAAAUUUGCAUCAAUCGUAUUUAAUUGAUGUAUUUACUGUUCUUCUCCUCCCACUUAUUAUAGCGGUAUAUAUUACAUUAUGGACAAUGAAACGUCUAAGAAAGCAUUAACUCAAGACCGCUAUAAGAUAUUAUUAAAAGAUACUUAACCCACACAACAUUUUUUUUUGAUACCUACCUGGUUGAAGUUAGAACUGUUUUGGAAUAACUACCUUUCUAUGUAUAUAGAAUAUAGAUAUUCGUCUUAGUGAUUGGACACAAAGAAAGAAAACCUUAAAAAUAAAUCAACAUACAAAUAUACUUAUGUUAUAUAAGUACUAAAAA